GCUGCAAAUAGCGUAAAUACAGUGGCCUCCGUCAUGCACUUAACUGAGUUGAAUUCGCCCUCGCCGUGUUUUUUCCCCCGUCCACUGACGACCGGUCCGAUAGCCGCUUGUCCUCACCAGCUCUUAGGAGAGUGGCUGCGAGGCUUCGCCCUUGUAAAACAAAGCCAAAUAACGAUCCAGGACUGAGAUGCCAGAACAAGCUUUUCCCUACCUACAUCGACGCGAUCGCCUGCUCUCUCCUUGGGUCCUUGGGUUCUUGGCUCUGCUAGCUCCCUUGGCCGUGUCCGCCCAUGUUCCAAAUCUCUGCCCUCCCGCGAUCUACGCGCCUGGGCAUUCCCUUGGCGCUCAAGGCGCUGGAACUAUCCACUGGGCGCGCAGGUCUGGCCUAGUUGUUUGGGGGAAAGUGUGCUUGCACGUCGGCUGCUGUUCCGUCGAACAUUUCCGAAAAGCUUGGGCGAGGUAAUCUCGUCGUCGUUACGCGCCGACGACGUGGCCUUGCACAGCCUCUUUGCCCUGCGAUGAAUAAAGGGGGUUACUGACACACUU